AAACUAGUGGGACUCAUAGCAUGAAUGGAAUAAUGUGUUUUAUAGGUGCUGUGGGCAGAUAAUUCCUGUAUAGGAAGCUUUAUACUGUCUAAUUAUGCCUGUAUUCCUGAAGCAGUAAUGCUUUAAUUAUAAUUAAAGCAAUACAACUUUUGUUUAGACAAGCCAUUAGCUUUGUUAUGCGUUAUCUGACUAUAACAAUGAACUGCAGUUUUCUUUGUACUAUGUAAAAUAGGGUGUUCCCCCCACACACACACUCCUGUGGACCCAGGUGCCCUUUGAGUAUUUUUAACUUCACUGUCCAUCAACAGGAGCUGUGACAACCUGUAACACUGUUUGCUGAGGUUAAGUAAAUAUUUUGUUGGCAGACGGGAAUGGAAAUGCUUUGUUAAUAACAACCCCCAAACACACCAUAAUUUCAUAAUCUUAAAAUCUCUAUGCCAGAGGUAAAUAACUGCCAGUCAUUUUCUUAGUGCAUCUCUAACCAAUUCAGACUUUGUUGUUUAAGCUCUCUUCGUGAAGCCUGCAAUUUGGAGGCGUAUUUAUGCUAAGGCCUUUCUGCGUUACUCUGACAGUGUAAAAUGGCACCAGAGUUGCUGUAGGGUGUUGACUUCAUCUCAUGUGGAAUAAUCUAGACUGAGUGAAAAUACAGAUUUGAAGUGAAGCAUCCAUUUCUGGCUCUCUGGCACACUCGUUCCAGUUCCUGCGUUUACAAGUGGGGUUACUUAGUGUUACUCUGUUCUCAAUAAUUUUAUGCAUAUUCAGCUUGUGCCUGUACGUAAGACUUGAAAGAACCCUUUACCAGCGCCUGGUACAGAAGCCUUGAUGUGACUGCAUUCAGGCCCGUUGUAGUAAUUUAGCAGGCUGUUAUUCCAGAAGACCUGUAGGCUUUUUUUGAUACAAAAGGACAGUCCCACUGGUCAGUGAAAUAAUCACUUUUUAUGCUGGGUUGGUCUUUUGAGACGCUCUUUUCUUUUUGUUUAUAUAUGCCUGGCCCUGCCAGGAGCCAGGCUUGUUCCAAGCCUGGUUAGAAACGCAGCAAGUUAGAGCAGACAAUACCCAAAGGGAGACAGAUGGAGUGACUGAGCCGUGUUCUGGGGAAGCGGUUGGCGGUGACUGCUGGGACUCCGUUGUCCGUGGGGUGGAGACGCAGCGGUGACGUGUCAGGGCCUGGAACGGAAAGGUGGCCUUCUUCACAAACCCAGAAUGACUGGAGAGAAGCUGCUUUGGUUGACAGUCCAUAUUCCUGCCUGUUUGUUAAAAGGUAACAGCACUUCGAAUCCGGGCACUUAAGAUACGUGGGCUGGGCCUGAGUCCACUCUGCACUUUUGAGGUAGAUCUGGGGCAUACCACCUCUCCUUCCCAACUCCAGGGAGUCAUGGAGGACAAACGCAACAUCCCCAUCAUCGAGUGGGAGCACCUGGACAAGAGGAAGUUCUACGUGUUUGGGAUUUGCAUGACUAUGAUGAUCCGGGUGAGCGUUUACCCUUUCACACUCAUCCGGACACGGUUGCAGGUUCAGAAGGGCAAGAGCCUCUACAACGGGACCUUUGAUGCCUUUGUGAAAAUCCUGCGGACAGAAGGGACGGCUGGGCUCUACCGUGGCUUUUUGGUCAACACUUUCACCCUGAUCUCUGGCCAGUGCUACGUGACAACGUACGAGCUCACUCGAAAGUAUGUGUCACGGUACAACAACAACAACGCUGUGAAGUCUCUGGUGGCAGGUGGCUCAGCCUCCCUGGUGGCCCAGAGCAUCACGGUACCCAUCGAUGUGGUCUCCCAGCACCUCAUGAUGCAGAGGAAGGGGGAAAGCAUGGGCAGGUUCAAGGUGCAGAACCAAGACGGCAAGCGGAUGUUGGUCUUUGGCCAAACCAAGGACAUCAUUGUACAGAUCUUCAAGGCUGAUGGCUUCAGAGGCUUCUAUAGGGGCUAUGUGGCCUCGCUGCUCACCUAUAUUCCCAACAGUGCAGUUUGGUGGCCCUUCUACCACUUCUAUGCCGAACAGCUUUCUAGCUUGACUCCUAAAGACUGUCCCCAUCUCCUCCUGCAAGCUAUAUCAGGGCCACUUGCAGCUGCUACAGCUUCCACGCUCACCAACCCCAUGGAUGUCAUCAGGGCUCGGGUGCAGGUGGAAGGCAAGAGCUCCAUCAUCCUCACCUUCAAACAGCUCAUGGCAGAGGAAGGUCCCUGGGGCCUGACGAAAGGCCUCUCUGCCCGCAUCAUCUCAGCCACUCCCUCCACCAUCGUCAUCGUGGUGGGAUAUGAAACUCUGAAGAAGCUGAGCCUCCGCCCGGAGCUGGUGGAUUCGAGACACUGGUAGAGGCAGCUAGUGGGAGAGAAACCUUCUUUUGAACCUUCUGGAUUUGGACCGUCGCGGUUGAAAGCUCAGGAGGAGAGGCAGCUGGAGUCUCCUUUGUCUCUAGCUAACAGGGAGCAGGUUUCACAGUACAAGGCAGAAGCAAGAGCAACAGCAAUUCACCUCUUUAGAUCUGAUUGCAGUACAAUGCUCUGCUGCUGUUUCUGGUUAAAAUCAUCAAAAAUGUGACCUUUGGCAGUGCUCUUUGCCUGUGACAGUUCCCUCAAGAGCAGCCAGGUGUGUGAAUGAAUCCUGGCAAGUUCUUAAUUCCCUUUUUUUUUUAAAUUAAAGAUUUACCAGUUGGAGCAAAAGCCAGCUCAUUCUUUAAAUUAUUUUAGUUUGCCAAACUUCUGAGCAGGGCCAUCUAACAGACUGCAGCAGAGCCCUCUGGUGGGUUGUGUGCUGAUUGCAAUUGUACUGUGGGAAGGUGGAAAAAUAGUAUAGACAAGUAAAUGUUCCCAAUCGUCCACUUUUAUUUCUAGAAGAUGUGAGAAGACAGUAACCUGGAGCCACUUAAGACCUUAUGUACUGCCUUUGGAAUAGCUCUGUACAUACCUUUUUUUGUACAUUCUUGGAAAAUGUUUCCUAUCUCUCAUCCUUCAAACAGCAAACCAGCUGUUAGGCAAGUUAAGAAUCGUGUUGGCUGUCUGUAAUUAGUUGAUGGUAAUUUUGACACCUAACCUAUGUUUUUAAUCUGUUGUUAUUUAACUUUUUUUUUUAUUCCAGGGAAGCUUAUUCUGAUUUGUGGGGGACUGAGUGGUUCUGUGGCCUUGUUCAAUGUGAGUGUCAAUACUGCAUGUUCAGGGGAAAUGGAGGCUGCUGCUGCUUCCCACCUUCAGUCGGUUUAAGCACAAACAAGUCCAGAGCGUGGGGGAAGCGUGCCAGGUUGCUGUGCUGCUGGCAGCCAAGCUGGCAGCUGACCAUGAUUUGAGCCACAACUGGGUAUGAGGUGGGGAAGAAAAAAGCUUCUACUGGCUUUUGAUCCAGUCCAAACCUAAUUGGCAUGUUCAUAUUGAAUAAGAAAUAAUGGUUCGCUACUACAGUGUAAGUUUAAAUCCUGCUUAUCCUGUUUGGGAAGGGCAAGGACAAUCCUUUACACACUCUCGCUGGAUCAAAAUCUUAAGCUAUGGGGUGUUUCUUACCAGGUGAAAACUCACAGUCAAGUUGUGAAGCGAGAGACUGCUCUUUGCGGAGGAGGAAAGAAGGGAUUGCUAGUCUCAAUAUUUGAGAUGAGCAUCUUGUGAUGCCGGCCCGCACGUGGUUAGCUGUGUGUCUGACAGGUGAGAGAGACACUUCCAGAGAAGUGGCAUGUGUAGCUGAGACAGAAAAGUUACUGCCUCUGUUCAUCUCGCUGUGGUAACAAGGGAUUCGUGGUUGUAGGGUUGAUCCUGCUAAACUGUGGCUGCUGCCAGUCUCUCAGCUGCCUUUUCACCUUGGACUAAGUGCGGCUCUUGCCGUUAGGCCCCUGUGCAGAGACUGGACGUGCCACAGCGUCUGUUGCGGGUGGAAUAAGUCCAGACAGUUGCUGCUGAAGUCAGGGAGUGACUUUUAUGUUCAAGGGCAGAACUUGGUCUUAAGGCUCAGCACCACCUCCUAAAUAGGGUUGCAGAGGAGUGUUCAAAGGGGUUUUUUAAUCCCGCUUUUAACUGUUUUCUGCAGCGUUAAGUAGGAUGAUGUAUGCCUGAGCCAGUGGCAGAGCUGUUGAAGCAGCGUGUUCUGCAAGCUGCUCUUCUGUUGGAUUUGUUUGUUGUUUAAAAGGCUCUUCCGUUUAAAUCGGCUCAUUCUGUAAUAGCCGAUUCUGCUGUAAAGAUUAUGAAGUGGAAUAGCAGCGUCACAAAAUCGCAAGGAAGCGUCCCGAGUGUGUAGUAGCCCUGGUCUUGUGCAGAGGCAGUAGUGAUACCGGUAUUAACAAAAAUAAGAAGAGGAAUCGGCAUUUGACGGCUACCAACAGGGUAGUUCUCAGUGUGCGUCAGGGCAAGUGGCAGACACCGCAACUUUAGGGAGACAGUCUCGAGCUUAAUAUUUUUCUCUUAACCAGAGAAGUUCUGCUAACUAAUCAAACGAACUUUACAGACCUUUAAUUCAAUUAGUUUCAGUUAGUGCACUCGCCAAGCGAGUCUGCCGGUGUCUGUAAUUUCACAACCACGCUUUCUUAUUUUAAAGCUUUUUUAUCUUUUAAGCAGCACUAGGAGAGACCUACCCAGCAGAGAGUGACUGUGGAAAAAACAAUGCAGGUGAUUGUGCACGAAGCUAAAAAAAAA